CCGGUAAACAGGCCAAUGAGAAAAGCGGAAGACGAGUGUGUUGUUCCCUCAGCUUGCUUCGCCUCCAAUCAUGGAGCAAUGCUGGCAGCUGUGAGCAAUAGUUGAUAUUACUGAUCAAACAGCCGUUUAUUUCUCUCGAGACUACGUUAUCUUUGGUCCAGUCCGGAUUACCAACCGUUAAUAACCCACACGGAGCAGUCAGUGUGGAUACAUCAGGCGCGCGGGUAUAUUUUUGUGCUCAUAUGCUAAGGAUGGACAACACACCGUGAUGAGCCGAACAAUCUGCGCUGAAACUACCCGAGAAGCUCAAGGCGCUGUGAACGGGCCGAAGAGUGUCAGGCCGUCUGUCUUGAGACACAAACCCGAGCUCGAGACCCCACCAGAAAUACGAGAAUAUAAACCAGCUAACAGUCCUGUACUGCUGGGAUCAACUCACUCUCUCUCUGAUAGAAACCUGCUCCUCUAAUGAUGAAUGCUGUCAAAGGUGGCGCGGUCACCUGGCGUCCACAGCCAUGGAAGGAUGCAGAUCGAGGUGGAGGAGAACCUCUCUCCGAUAGCGACUCAGAGGAAGAAGAUUUUCCUGAUGACUACUCGACUCCGUUGGGGGAAUAUGUGACUCAAGGGUUAAAACAGCUGCUUGAUGCUCAGCAGUUGUGUGAUGUCACUCUUCUGGUGGAGGGAAAAAAGUUUAUGUGUCACAGAGUUCUUUUAGCAGCUGUCAGUCCAUAUUUCCGUGCCAUGUUUACCAGCCCUCUCGUAGAGUCUCGUCUUACCGAGAUCCGACUGGAGGAGGUGACCCCUUCUGUUAUGGAGACCGUUAUCCACUUUGUUUAUACAGGGGAAGCCGGUCUUAGUCUGGACACGGCAGAGGAUCUGUUUGUAGCAGCCAAUCGUCUUCAAGUGAUGCCUUUGCAGGACCUUUGCUCCAGAUUCCUUUUUGAGCAUCUGUCUGUGGACAAUUGCCUGGGCAUGUACUCUCUGGCUCGUUCACAUCAUGACCAGCUGCUUCUUCGGGCUUCUUUGAGGCUGGUCGGCCAGCAUUUUCCUCGAGUGGCCCGGCAGCGAGACUUCCUCCUGUUGGACCCAGGGACUCUCGGCAGCUUGUUGGAGUCGGAUCGAUUGGGUGUGGAGUCUGAGACUGAGGUUUACGAUGCAGCAAGGCGCUGGGCAGAAUACCAGCCGGCUGAUCGUUACAUUCACAUGCCCAACUUGUUACGCCAUUUACGCCCCGGUCUAUUUGGCCCUGAAGAGAGCCACCGAAUGAACCAAGAACUUGGGCCUCGAGCCAGUACCGAGAGCAUGGGAGGACCGCUGAGGCCUAGAGAAGGUAUGUUUGAGAAGAAAAUAGUCUGUGUAGAUCUUAAGCCGAGGGAGGAUGAGUCUUUACAGAAAAGGGACUUCACGGUGGAUUGCUUCGAUCCUCGUACAGGGAAGUGGGAGAAGCUGGCAGCCUUGGGCUCGCUUCUCUGUCCCGGCUGCACUGCUGUCGGAGGCCGACUGUUUGUUGCGGGAGGCAUCCUGCGGAGUAGCGAGGUCUCCUCAGCACUUCAUGAGUACGAUGUCGUGCUAAACCGCUGGAUUGAACAGCCAUCGAUGGCUGAACCACGCGCCAUGCUGGGUCUUCUUGGCUGCGGGGGUUUUCUAUACGCUCUUGGUGGCUGUAACCGAGCAGCAUUUCUGGACACGUCUGAAAAAUUUGACCUUAACACGCUGACCUGGGCACCAGGACCUCGUUUGCCAUUGCCGUUGCGAUCUUUUGCUUGCUCUGCCCUCCGCUGUCGUCUCUAUUUGCUUGGCGGUACCACACUGGAGCAGAGCAGAGCUGUGGUGCAUGCUGGUGUGCUUAUAUACCACACCGUUACAAAUACCUGGAGCCGUGUAGCGCUUGACUCUGGCGCCACCUGCCUGGCUGGAGGCGUAGCAGUACGUGGUGGCGUUUGCGCCAUUGGUGGUUACUUGCGCGACGCCGCCAAGUUCCUCAAUGGCAACUACACCCAGGCAGAACCACUAGAUGCCACAGGACGCGUGUUGUUCUUCCGAGAAGGACGGGGAUCAGGACUGGAGCGGGAGGUGGCGGUCGGAGUUGAGCGAGGUGGUGGAGGUAGUGACCGUGCGCCUAGUCCCGUGGUUUUUCCAGGUCUGCCAAGGAGGAUUGCUGCCGGAGGUGUGGCUAGAUGGAAACGCAGGAUAUAUGUGUUGGGUGGCGAGAAUGGAUCGAGAUUUUAUGACAGCGUCUACUGCUGGAAACCUGGCUGGCGAAGUUGGGUCCAAAGACGGGAGAAAUUACCUGGGGAUACAGGAGGAGUUAGCCAGUUUGGAUGUACCACCCUUAAGUUCCCCAAAAAACACAUUUUAACACGUCUUCGGGCUGCUCAGCAGAAACGCGGGAAGGAGAGACGACCGACCCGGUCGUGCAGAGUCUUGCGGUUCGACAGGACGAAUCAGGCAGUGUGAAUUUUUUUUUUUUUUUUUUCUCAAUGAGACACACAAGCAUUUUGGAAACAUUUAUGCACCUACUUUUGCAUCUUUACUCUUGGUUGAUGUCUAGAUGUUUUAAAUUUCAUUCUUUCAUUUCUGCAAGCUGAACGCGAGUUUUUGUUCUGACAGAAAGUAUAUGUAACAAUUGAAUAUGAUUUCAGAAUGUUUUGAACUUAAUGACAAUAACUUCAUAAAUGCCCCAAUUUGAUCUUAGAAAUGGUAUCAACUUGGAGAAUAAUAAAAUGUUUGAAUCACAGCAAAAAACAAAACUAUAUAUAUAUAUAUA